AUGGAGGUAGGACUCUACCAAGGGUCUGCAUUGAGUCUGUUUCUUUUUGCGGUUGUGUUGGAUGAGCUGUCAAAGUCAAUUCAGGGGAUUGUUCUAUGGUGCUUGCUUUUUGCGGAUGAUAUUGUGUUACUUGCGGAGAGUAAACAUAGCCUAAAUGCAAAGCUAGAGGAGUGGCGAGCAGCUUUGGAGGGAAAAGGUUUAAAGAUAAGUCGUUCUAAAAUCGAGUACCUUUAUUGUGAUUUCAGUGGUGCAGGCGACGGAGAGGACAGUCGGAUCAACAUAGAGGGCCAAGUGGUCCUGCAUGAAACCAAGUUCAAAUAUCUAGGGUCGUUUGUACAAAGUGAUGGGGAGAUAGAUAGCGACGUAGCCCAUCGCGUCCAAGUUGGAUGGUGUAAGUGGAAAGUAGCUAGUGGUGUAUUGUGCGAUAAGAGGUUCCCGGUUAAACUAAAGGGGAAGUUUUAUAGGGUUGCAAUUAGACCGGCCAUGUUAUAUGGAACAGACUAUUGGGCUAUUAAGAAGUUGCAGGCGCGUAAGCUGGAGGUAGCAGAGAUGGGGAUGUUGAGGUGGAUGUGUGGACACACUAGGCUAGACAAGAUAAGAAAUAAGGUUUUUAGGGAUAGAAUAGGGGUAGCUAGUAUAUCCGAUAAAAUAAGGGAGGGGAAGUUGAGAUAG